GUUGUGGUUAAGUUACAAAAGUUUACCCUUAUUGCAACCAAUGUUUGAAAAUUGAUAAUAAUUUUCUAGUCUUAUCAUGUAAUGCUUAUUUUUGCGUAUAGGGAAAACGAGACACACGAUAAUACGCAUUAUGCACAUUUAUUUAAAGACCAUUUUCAGACCUCCCCAAAGUAUUUCUAAUACCAUAAAUUUUGCGAAAGGACAUUGACUCUUCCAAACGGCAAGGAGAUACAGAUAGUAAUGAUGCUAUAAAGAGUUUUAACAGCAAAGUGUGUGGAGAAAUCAUCAUCCACUAAAAAUUUAGCUACAUUGGGAGAACACUAAUCGCAAGUAUAUUGCGGGUACCUCAGAUACCUGAGGUACCUUCUCAGGUGUAGCACUAUAUGGAAUGGAUUAGUCACAGCGUCUCAAACUUUUUAACAGGUGGCUGUAUACAACUAACCUGCCCAAUUCCAGAUGCAUGCAUACGUAUCUUUGCAUGUAUUACGACUAUCCUGUUAAAAACACAAUGAAAGGUUAAUAACGAACGUGGCUAUGCAACAUUAUUCUUGACAGAAGUUAUUGAUAAUCGGUGUUUUUUAGCACUGUUUGAAAUCGACAUAGAAUCAUAAUCCCAUACACCAUAAUUCCAUCCAGCUUAUUUUUGUGAGAGUUUUGCAGAAAAGUUAUUUUGCAGUGAAAAUUUAGAAAGACCUUUGAUGUCCCAUGGUUCUAUGUAAUUACUUAUGCUGGUUGCUUUAUUUCAAAAGUGUCUUAAACCAACAGCAAUAUCGUAUAUUAAACCAAGGAAAAAUCAUAAAUUGACGCAAUAUGGAAAAGUACUUGACUGGAGUUUCAUUGUUAAUGCUCAUGGCAAUUCUGCCGCUGGAGGCCGGGCAAGAGAUAAAGGUGGACUUGGGGAAGAAUUUUGUACUUAACGACGGAGAUGUAGAAAUAGUUGAUGUGGAUGGAAAUUACGAUGUCCAAGAGGAAGACAAUGUACUUGUUUUGACAGCUCAAAACUUUAAACACGUCGUACAUAAACAUGACUUUGUUCUUGUAGAAUUUUAUGCCCCGUGGUGUACGCACUGUAAACAAUUAGCCCCCAUUUAUGCUGCGGCGGCUCAAGAGCUCAAAGAAGACAAAAUACCUUUAGGCAAAGUUGACGCAACUAUUGAAACAAUCUUGGCAAAGGAAUAUAUGAUCACUGGAUUUCCGACCGUAAUUCUAUUCCACAAAGGGCAAAAGGUUGAAGAAUAUAAUGGCGAUAGAAGUGCAGAAGGUAUCGUGAACUACAUGAAAAUGAGGACAAGUCCAGAUUGGAAGCCCCCACCAACCUCUGUGAUUGAACUGAAUGGAGAAAAUUUCACCCAAUUCAUGGAGUCUAAACCUCUAGUGAUGGUUCUCUUUUAUGCCGAAUAUUGCAAACACUGUGUGCAGAUAAAACCGGAAUACAUUAAAGCUGCCAGUGUGUUAAAAGAAUACGGAAUUCCGCUCACACAAAUUGACGGAGUAAAUAAUAAAGAAAUUGCAGACGAAUUCAAGGUGUCUGGUUGGCCAACUCUUUACACGUUUCGAUAUGGUCGAGCAUUUCAGUACAAAGGAACUCGUGAUGCAAAUGGGAUAAUAACCUACAUGAAGGACCAACAGAAAAGCCCUUCUGACUUGUGCAAAACUAUGCAAGAAAUGGAAAACCGAAUUGACCGAUACCAUCCCACGAUAAUUGGAGUGUUUUCAUCGAAAAAAUCUCCAUUUUACAAUGAGUUCUUGGCAGUGGCAAACUAUCUGAGAGAAGAGCCCUUGAAAUUCAUCCAUACAUUUGACAAAUCAACUAUUGGAAAAAAUUUAGGAGUAGAGGAUGAAGCCGUAAUAGUUCGCAAACCUACAGUAUUUCUUUCCGACUAUGAAAAGAGUGAAGCUAUUUUGACAGAUGCAACCAAGACAGGAGAUGAUAUUGCGGAAUUUAUUCGAAAGACUUAUCGCCCACUGGUUGGCCAGAGGACAAAGAAAAAUCAAGUGUACUUUUAUUCCGUCAGGCCGCUGGUGGUGAUUUACUAUGAUGCAAAUUUCGACCAUCAGUAUCAGAAAGCUAGCGAGAUUAUACGAUCCAAAGUUGUAGAAGUGGCAAAUGCAUUUCCAGAUAUCACGUUUACUGUUGCAAAUGAAGACGAGUUCGAGCAAGAACUUCAAGCAGUAAAGUUGGACGACUCCGGCGUGGAUGUGAAUGUUGUGUGGUAUGAUAAAAACAGAAUCAAGUACAAAAUGGACCCCGUUGAUGACUUUGAUGGGAGUGAUUUAAGAAAAUUUGUAAACCAAGUUCAGGACGGCUUGUUAAAACCUGUGUGGAAAUCUCAACCAAUUCCAGCAAAGCAAGAGGGACCAGUCGCCAACCUUGUUGCAAACAGUUUUUCCUCCGAGGUUCUAACGACUCCAGGAGAUCGUGACGUCGUAUUUUAUAUUUAUGCACCAUGGUGUGGACAUUGCAAAAAAUUUGACGCUAUUUACAAAAAGUUGGCAAAGGAACUGGGGAACGAUCGUUUAUGGUUUGCAAAAAUGGACGGGACUGCAAACGAUUUGCCUCCAGGGUUUGAUAUCAAGGGAUAUCCAACAGUGUUCUUCAUUGCUGCUUACAAAAAGCAUGAACCAAAGUUAUACGAAGGGGACAGAUCAACAAGUCAUUUUAGGGAGUUUAUUAAAAAGGAAUCCACAAUAUUCCUGACGGAUGAAGAACGUGAAGGGAAAAAUAAAGUUGAACUAUAACUUAUUGUGGAAAUAAUUAAUAGAAUGAAAAUAAAUACAAUUUUGGAGAAUGAAAUAUA